UCCUUGUCGAUAAUCUCUUGUUUCUCUCAUAACCUUAGGGAGGACAAUCAAUCAAGAAGAGACCUUGCUUGGUUCGUUCUCCCACAUCUAAUAAUCUAAUAAAUUGAAACAUGGGCAACUGUGCUAGCUACCCCAAGACCAACGAAGGUGAGGCCCCAGUGCCUGUGCCGGUGCCAGAACCUGUCGCCGAGGAGGUCAAGGUUGAGCAGCAAGAGAACAAGGCUGAGGAAAAUGUCGUCGAGGCCAAGACAGAGGAAACCCCUGUCGCCUCUGCUGACAACUCUCUUGUCACCUUGCUCAAUGAGAAUGAAGAAAAGAAAGAAGAGCAAUUUGAGGCCAAGGAGGUGAAGGCUGAAGCCCCGAAAGAAGAGAAAGCCCAGGCAGAGGAUGCAAAGCCUGAAACCAAUGAAGAGAAACCCGCAGCCAAGGCUGAGAACUGAGAACGUGCAAACGUUGUUAGUUUAAACCUAAAAGGAUUGUGAUACUCCAAAUAUACAAAUGUGUUUCUUUUCCAUUUUGUGCUUAAAGAGGAUUCAUUAAAUCAAUUUAUUGUGGA